AUGUAUCUUUUCAAUGCGGCUUACGGAAUCGGAAAAGCAGCACUAGAUCGCAUGACUAGUGAUCUGGCGAGAGAAUUGAAAAGUGCGAACAUUAACAUUUCUGUUGUUGGGAUUUCACCUGGGUUAGUACGUACAGAACACAUACUUAAUGCUGUGGAUAAAGGAAAACUAAAACUCAACAUUGAUAAUAGUGAAUCGCCUGAGUUAACUGGUCGUGUGAUAUCGAAUCUGGCUACUGAACCAUCUAAAAGAUUGUUGUCUCGGUCUGGUCGGACAUUUAACGUUAGUGAUUUAGCGGAUCAAUUUGGCAUCAAAGAAGAUUGUGGCCAUCCUAUCAUUAACAUAAGGUCCCUUAAAUUCUUACUUUCAUAUGAAGGGUUUUCCAUUGCUAAAUUUAUACCCAGUUUCAUUCGAAUUCCAGAAUGGCUAUUCAAUAUAUUUUUGAAAUAUAAGUGA